AUGGAAAAAGAAGAUAAUAAGCCAGCAACAGCUGCUACGACUUCUACAACAGUUCCUUUAAUUAGGAAACGACGUGGAGGUGCCAAUCGUCGGAACAUUCUUCGUAAAGGAAUACAGUCGGAAGACACCUCAGAGGGAAAAGUUGCCGCGAAAACAAGCACAGACUCUUCGUCAGACGACGAGGAUGAGACCACAGAGACAUUAGAAGAAACGCGUUCCAUCCUCCAGCGAAAGCGACCAGGAGCGUCUGGACGGUUACGUAGGAAGGAUGAAGAAGCUGAGACGAACAAAACGAAUGGAAAAGACAGUGUAAAUAAGGAUGCUUCUACAGCAGACAUUGACGUCCAGUAUGCAGCAGAUUUGAGUGUCACUGGCGACAGCCUAAACACAUCCACUGUUUCCAUUCCAAAAUCCGAACAGGAGGAUCGGAUCCUGGGUCGUUCGACCAACGACGUGUCUUUGAGCAGUGCUCGCGGUACUGCGUACACUGACUUUCUGCCAAAAAGGGAGUCUUAUAAUAAGAAGGCACAUGCUGGUCCCGUAACACCGUCUGCUUCAUCAGCAGCGUUACGAACAGUUACCAUUGUGGACUAUCAGCCUGACGUUUGUAAGGACUACAAACAAACGGGAUACUGUGGCUAUGGUGACAGCUGCAAGUUCUUGCACGAUCGUGAAGACUACAAAGCCGGAUGGCAGAUCGACCGAGAAUGGGAGCUUGUUCAGCAGCGGAAGCGACGUCCUGGCCAACAAGAGUCCGCGGGUUCAGAACCCGAUGGUGACAAGACGAAGAAGGAGGAGACUAUUCCGUUCGUAUGUCUCAUCUGCAAGCAGGACUAUAAAAAUCCCAUCGUCACAUCUUGCAAACACCACUUCUGCGAGCUUUGUGCUAUAAAACGUUUUCGUAAAACUCCCACAUGUGCUCAAUGCGGGAGCGAUACAAAAGGACUGUUUUCCGUUGACAAACAGUUUAAUAUUCUCAUAAAAAAAAGGGAGGAGGCCAAACAACAAAAAGGGGAGCAAGCGCGAGAAGACAACGGCGAGGAACCUCUUGAGCGAACGAAACAAGAAACAGCACCCCCUUCCACUUCUACGAAUGUCACGACCCCGUCCUCAGUUACACCUAAUAGAAACGAUUCUCCAUACUACAUGGCUAACUUAACCGAGUCAAACAUCUCUGACUUCAAACGGCUGAUACAGGUCCUCUUAGGUAUGAACUAUGGCAAGCGGUUUUACAAGGAAUGUCUGGCAAGCCCGUCUCUAGCAAAAACAGCAUAUGUUGGUGACCUGCUCGUAGGAGCAAUCCGCUGCACUCACUUACCGGAGGAAGAGUCUUUGUAUAUAGCUGUGCUCGGCGUCCUUGCGCCGUAUCGCAGGCUAGGUAUUGGGCAGCAACUUCUCGAACACGUAAAACAAGUCGCCAAACAAAUGGGUGUUGGAAAGAUUACACUGCAUGUCCAGACAUGCAAUGAGGAUGCCAUCGCAUGGUAUCAGCAUCGAGGCUUUCGCACCGUUAAACGCAUUGAAAACUGUUACGUACGAUUGGCAGUUAAAAGUGCAUAUCAAAUGGUUUUGGAUACCACGACAGCAAAGCAAGACGUUUAG